UGAAGCGGAGGAUGGUACUACUACGACUACGCUGAAUGGGCCGGUGGUGUUUGCGAGCGGGGGAUUUGCUGGCGAUGCGCAUGGACUGCUGGCCAAGUAUCGGCCUGAUUUGGCCGGGAUACCUUCGACAAACCAGGCUGUGGAGGGAACGCAGCCGCUCCUUGAGGAUGUAGGCGCUGGGUUGGUGGAUAUGGAGCAGGUUCAAAUCCAUCCGACUGGGUUUGUGGAUGAGAAGGAACCCUCAGCGUCUGUGAAGAUUCUUGCGGCCGAGGCGCUCCGUGGGGAAGGUGGAAUUCUCGUUUUGGAGAAUGGGAAGCGAUUCGUGAACGAGUUGGAAACUCGCGAGCACAUCACGAAUGUUAUCAUGCGCUCGGCGAAACCAUUGGAGACAGAUGCGCGUCAAUGGGACGUUAACCUUCUCUUGGAUGAAGGGACUGCUGCCGCCUUGGGGUCGCAUAUGGGAUUCUAUCUGUGGAAAGGGCUGAUGCGCAAAACAACCGUGCAUGAGCUUGGCCCAUCGAUGCUCGAAACUGUCAAGACAUAUGCAGACAUUGUCUCGGGAAAGCAACCAGAUGAGUUUGGCCGUACAGCUUUCGGGAACUGGACUCUGAAGGACGUGACGCCGGAUUCGGUGGUCUAUAUUGGAAAGGUCACCCCUGUCACUCACUUUACGAUGGGAGGCGCUACAAUUGAUGAGCGCAGUCAGGUGUUGGAUAAGGAUGGAGCUCCCAUCAAGGGCCUUUGGGCUGCAGGAGAGGUAACCGGUGGUCUCCACGGUCAGAACCGCUUGGGAGGGUCGUCACUAUUGGAGUGUGUUGUCUUUGGAAGGAUAGCGGGCAACGAAGCAGCGGCCUUUCAUAAGAAGCACUACGCUUCCUGA